CAGUGCGGCGGCUUCGUGAGGAAUGGGACCGUUGAGCCUCCGAUGUGGAGCACUGAGACGGAAAACUUUGGCCGACCUUGCUUUUUCCUGAGCAGCUGUGUCCAGCUCCUCUGUGACCUCAGCUCACCGCGAAGCCACUGGAAGCAGCGUUCCUUUCGGGUCUUCCCCCAGGAGGGCGGGCGGUGUGAUUACGCUCCCCGCGCGCGGAGGACGCUGGGAGUUGUAGUCCGUUUCAUACGGCGUUGCAAAGUCUCCGGAAGUGGAGGUGUGAGAGGCCGGGCGGACUUGGGUAGCGGGACUCUACUCCGGGGCGUUUCUCCCUGGCGGGUCAUGAACGGACCAGCGGACGGCGAAGUGGACUACAAAAAGAAAUACAGGAAUCUGAAGCGGAAGCUCAAGUUCCUCAUUUACGAGCACGAGUGCUUCCAGGAGGAGCUCAGAAAGGCGCAAAGGAAAUUGCUGAAGGUUUCCCGAGACAAGAGUUUCCUUCUAGAUCGACUUCUGCAGUAUGAGAACGUGGAUGAAGACUCCUCUGAUUCAGAUGCCACCGCAUCUUCAGAUAACAGUGAGACAGAGGGGACACCCAAGUUGUCUGACACGCCAGCCCCUAAGAGGAAGAGAAGCCCCCCCAUGGGAGGUGUCCCAUCCCCUUCCAGCCUCUCCUUGCCUCCUUCAACAGGCUUUCCCCUGCAGACUUCUGGGGCCCCCUCCCCAUACCUGAGCUCGCUGGCUUCUCCCCCUUACCCCCCAUUCCCUUCUGACUACCUGGCCCUGCAGCUGCCUGAGCCCAGCCCCCUGAGGCCCAAGCUGGAGAAACGGCCCCGCCUACCCCGGAAACUCAAGAGCGAUCACUCUGGCCGCAGUGUGGAGGAGGAGCUGGAGCUGGGAGAGGCUGAAGGCAGGGAGUCCAGUUAGGAGGCUGGUACCUAGACCAGAUGUCGGUUGGACCCCCUGACUGCCCCGUGGGUGGGCCGCUGGCUUUCCCAGCCAGGGGUUCUGGUGCCAGUGUUGGGGCAGCCCUGACCCCCCUGCCUCCUCCCAAGAUGCCUCCACAUACAAUCCUGAGCACCGUCCCUCAGCAGAUGUUCAGCGAUGCAGGCAGUGGGGAUGACGCCCUGGACGGAGAUGACGACCUGGUGAUCGACAUUCCAGAGUAGCCACCCAGUGCCACCUGCCAGGCACCUCACAGCACUCCUCCUGUGCCAGCAAACUCAAGCCCACUUCCUCAAGAGAUGUUUAUUGAUGCCCAGUUGCCAUGCUUCGGCCACUGACACAAUCAGAAAAGGCGUAAACAUGCACAAUGUCCCCGAGGAAGGUGGCAGGGUCCUGCCCUUACAUCCCAGCCCCAUCCAGGGAACAGUUAUUUAAACGAGUGGCCAAAAGGGUCUGCUACAUCUUCGGGAGGUAGAGACCUACGGUGGCCGCCCCUUUAGAAGAGCAGCUACGCAGGGCUGGGAUUUAGUGAAGGCUCUGUAUUAAAGAGUUGGCUCUUUCUUUCCUUGUCCUUUCCUCUAUUUGGAAACGUCCUCCUCUAAUCUUCCCUAAUCCGACCCCCUCCCUGUGGGGCAGGGGACCAGGCAGCCUGGAAAGGCCAAGAAAGGAGCUGCAGGAUGGGGUGGGGCACUGGCAGGAGACUCCCACGUGGCCCUGUGCACGGGUGGUUGCAUAUUUGCAGGUAACAGCAAGGCAGGCAGGAGGAAGUUUGCAUAUGUGAAUAUAGCUCUCCACAGUCCCUCACAAGAAGACAGGCCCGUCACAGAGACUCACAAAAAUAAGACAGGUAGUGUGGGGCAGGGGCAUCCCACCCCAUGUAAACGUGCAACACACUCGUGCGAAGGUUGGGUACUGGACCCGGCCCCAGAGGGCCUGUGAUGGACAGCUGCUGUUCACUCAAGCCAAAGGGUAAGCCCCUGCUGCAGGGGGCAGCUCGCUGGUCAGAGUAUGCCAGCGCUCCAGGGCUGUGUCCGGCUGAUGUAGACAGUCAUUCCAGUGUUUCUGGGCCUCUCCCCGGGCUCCUGGCCCCAGAGACACACCACCUGAAGAACAGGCAAGGCAGGCCAACGUGUCAGCGCCCACUCUCCUCCACUUCCCUCAGAGCACCUGGUGGGCUCUGCCACUCACCUAUGAAGUCAUUGGAUUUGCCAAUGUCGUAGUCCCAGACUGUGACCUCCAGGGUCUUAGUGGCCAGAGUGGAGAGUUCAAUCUCAUAGAAGAAUUCCUGAGAACAAAGGCAGGCGGUGCUUUCUGUGAGGCCUAACCACAUCGCUGUCCCCAGCCCAACUUUAUUUCUACUCCCUGACAUUUUUACCUCAUUAAAUUCCGGAUUUAGUGUCUUCUUCUUUA